AACUAAGAUAUGCGGACACGAACUGAGAUUGUAUUAUCUUCAUUCGUGAUUUUUUUUGUAAUCAUGGAUUAAGAUUGCAAUUGCAGAGUGCAGGUUUAACCGAAUUCACAGGUUUAACUCAUUAGUCAUCUUAGUAGUUGCAUACAAAACGUCAUACUACGUUUUCCCGUUUUAAAUACCCAUUAUCUAUAGCAUAAUUGUCUAUGGAGAAUACCCGGUGGGGAUGGACGGAAAGUCAGUGUUAAUGCGUUAUUACGGCGAUUAGUGUGUUUGGUGAGCAGUGGUUAAAAAAAGAAAGUAAAUACCAAUAAACAAGUUCGUAGUCGUUGUACGGCAAUGCCUGUGAUUACAGUAAUAUAAUAUUGGGUACGUGAGUUACCUAGUGUCACUUCGUCGAGUAUUCCUGAUCUACCUAUAUGAAAAAAAAAAAACUGUCUCGUGCACCUUAAAGUUGUGAUAAUUCACAGUUCAUGGUGUAGGAGUUAAGUGAGUAAAUUAAAAUUACAUUUCUUUUCAUCUAGUUAAUUAUUGAUGGGGGGUUUUUUAUUGUAAUUAAUUUGCAAAUAGGGUUUUCUUUAUUUUUCGGUAAUUUGACUUGUCUAAUGAUAAUAUAAAAUAUUGUGUUUAUUUAAUAUUAAUUUUACUAUUUUUGAAAUUUACAUGUAAUACCAUACGAAAACGUUAAACAAAUUUUAGCUUUUAAUCUAGUAACUAUCAUCAUGGUAGAUUGUCAUAUAUUUACAGUACUAGGAAGGAUAAGUUAUUUGAAAUAUUUAAUGUCAACUUCCGCAUAAUUUAAAACUUUGAACUGUUGUGUGUACUUAAUUUUUUUUAUUGAUUGAUAAAAUUAAAAACAGAAUUAAGAAUUUAAAUUACCUAGUUGGAAAUACUUAAAGUAUCAGUACUAUUCCAUCUAAAAUAUAAAUUGAAAAGACUGUCAUACUGGAGUUGUUGUGUACUAGACAUAAUAACUUAGCGUAACUUACUAUGUUAUAAUAUUAUAAUAUUUAUACUUCAGAUAUAUUUUUUUUAUUACCUAUCUAGUCAAUCUGCUUGAAAUAUAUAGGAUAUUAUAUCAAUGAUUAUUAAUUAUUUCUAUUUUGUACAUUUUGUAUUACAUUGAAUACACCGAAUACCUAAUUAUUUAUUUGUAUUAUUACAUACUUUAUUUUUCUUUUAUAGUUCAAAACUCAACCAUCAUAAAUAUAUACUUGUACAUCAAUAUUUUGUAAAAAUAUUAAAACUAUGAGCAGCAAUACUAUAAAAAAGUCUAAUGUUUUUAUUUAUGAAUUGCCAUAUACCGAACGUAUGGAGUUUUGUAAUAUAAUUGACAUGAACAAUGAAUGGAAAGAUUUAGGUAAAUAUAUAGAUGUACUAACAUUUGACAGUUAAGUUAAUUUGAUUUUUCGUAAUUAAGAAAUUAAAUGUGAAAUCAAAUAUUUUUAGUUUUGCAUGUUUGAUAAACAUACAAAAAUUAAUAACUAUCAAUUAUUAUAAACUUUUAUUUUCUAGGUGGCAAGUAUAUGAAAUUUGACUGUGCAACAUUAUCUAAAAUAGAUAAAGCUCCCAUGAGAAGCCAUUCUUUCACUGAUGAACUUUUAACUUUAUGGGGACAACAAAAUCAUACAAUAUUAGAAUUAUUUAUCAUAUUAUAUAAAAUGCGACAUUAUCAAGCAAUGACUAUACUUAAACCAUUUGGUAUACAUUUAUAUAAUUUUACUUUUUUAUUUUACUAAUACUGACCAUUAUUUUUUACCUUUUUAGUUGAUACUAAAUAUCACAAAUUGAUUUAUCAGGGCAAUCAAAGUUUCAGUAACUUAGUUAAAAGUGAAACCACCAAUUUACAUGUAAAUAAUUAUUUAUAAUAUGUUAAUUUUAUUUUUUCUAGGUGUUAAAAUUAUAAAAUACAUAAUAAAUUUAAUUAAUUAUUAUAAUUGUUUGUGUAGUAAUUUAUACUACUAUACAGUCAAUACAGUUUAAUUUAACUAUUAAUAUUUGAUGUUUAUAAUUUAUUUUUAUAGGGUGGAGUUGGUAAUCUCAUUCAGUUUAAUACUAAUAGUAACGAAAUAAGAAAUAAUAAGUUUAAAUGUGAUGAUUCAAACAAAUCAAGCACAAUAAAUGAAAAAACUUACCCAGAUCCAUCAAUAAUUUCAUCUGUUGAAGCAUGUUUACCUUUGAUUACAUACAACGAACUAGAAAAAGCUACUAACUAUUGGAAUAAGGAAAAUAUUUUGGGUAAAGGAGGUUUUGGCAUUGUUUUCAAAGGCAUGUGGAAAAACACUUUAGUUGCUAUAAAACGCCUCGAAGAUCAGGUUAUAAAAUACAAAAGUAUACUUCAAUAAAUUUCUAUAGAAUAUUAAGGCAUAAAGUUGUUUUUCAUUUAUUUAGAAAGGAGAAGCAAAACAAUUUAAUAUUUUAGAAGCACAAAGACAACAAUCUGAGAAAGAAUUGAAAUAUUUAAAUUCUUGUCGACAUGAUAAUAUUUUGUCAUUGUAUGGAUUUAGUAUUGGUGGUGAAAAACCAUGUUUAGUUUAUCAAUAUAUGGUUAAUGGUUCUCUUGAAGAUAGAUUGCAAUGUCGAGUAAGUUUUAAAAUUAAUUUUAUCUGCAAUAUUUUCUUAAAUAAUGGUUAUUUAAACAAUCAAUUUAGAAUUUUAAAUCUAAUACGCAAAUAAAAUGUACAGUAAAAAUAAUGAACCCAAAUUGUACUGAAAUUUCAGUUCUUAUUUUUUUUAAUGUUAUUUUAGGGGGGAACUGAACCUUUGACUUGGAACAUUCGUUUCAAAAUUGCUGUAGGAUCAGCCAGAGGCUUGCAAUUUUUACAUGGAAUGGAUAAACCUUUAAUUCAUGGUGAUAUUAAAAGGUGACUUUGGAUUUGUUGGUUUUGAUUUAUAAGGGUAGAAUAAUUAAAACUUAAUUUUUACAGUGCAAAUAUUCUUUUGGAUCCAUAUUUUGAACCACGCAUUGGUGAUUUUGGAUUGGCUCGUGAAGGACCUCUUCAAGAAUACACUCAUGUGAAAGUUAGUCGUGUUCAUGGAACAAGGCCAUAUCUUCCAGAUGAGUUUUUGAGAGGGAAAAAAUUCUCUACCAAAGUUGACACUUAUAGUUUUGGUGUGGUAUGUUUAUUAGUAUAAUUGUGUAAUAAAUUAUCAAUUGAUAUGGAAUUACAUAUUUUUGAAUGUUUUGAUUAGUAUAGAAAUAUGACUUGAAUCCUUACUCUUUGUCUCCUUUGUCUUCAUUCCAAUAUUUGGUGUUAGCUACCAACGUCCUAAAUUUUCACUUGACCCAGUUCCCCACAUAUCGUCCUCGAAUACACCAGCUCUACUUAUAUCAUUUUUAAUUGUAUCCAACCAUCUCUUUUUAGGUCUUUCAUCUCUUCUUUCCUCUUACAUCUAUCUUCAUUACAAUUUUUACUGUUUCUGGUUUGUCUCUCUUCAUGACAGGCCCAAACCACCUCUUUCUUAUUCCUUAUUUUAUUUUCUCUGGUCACCCCACUCAUCAACCUAAGCAUUUUCAUCUUUGCUACACUAAUUUUCUGUUCUUUUUUUCUGUCUACCACCCAAGACUCCAUAUGUUACAACAUAGUAAGUCUCUCAACACUUUAGUAGAAAUUAACUUAAAGUCUCAUUGAAAUUUCCUUGUUGCAUGAAACAUACAAUACGUGACACUUCUCAACAUUUUAACCGACCUCAUCUAAUCCUAUGUUCCACAUUCUAGUCAAAGCCACUGUUCUUUUUUACAAAAUAUCCUAUGUACUUAAAAAUCUUAACCUAGCCUAUCAGCGCUUAUGGUCGUUAGUUGUCUUGUACUAUUUCUCCAAACUCAUACUCUGUUUUAAUUCUACUUAUUCUUAGUCUCUUUCCUUCAAGUAUUAUUCUCUAUUACUCAAGCUUAUUGCUAACUUCUUCAAGAUUUUUUUCUUUUAAAACUAUCAUCUAUAAACAUCAUGCAUACAUGUACCUUGUCUUGUAUUUCUUUUAUAACUUCAUCCAUUACAAUUUUUGAAUCAUUUGAGUAAAUAAAAAAAUAAAUAUCUGUAUGUUGCAUAAUUAAUAGGUUGUAAUAAUAAGGGGGCUUGGUAAUAUUUAGCAUAGUAUCACUUGUAACAAAUUAAAUGCGCUUAAAUAAUCAAAAUAGUAUUUGUUUAAUCUAAUCUAACUAAAGGUAAUCUAGAAAUAAAUUUAAAUAAUGUACUUUAAUGACCAGAUUCUUGUAUGAGUCAUUUAUGCCUGAAUUUCAAAAAAUCCUGUCCCUAUUGCAUAUUUAUAUUAUAAAAGGAACCUCUAUGCAAAAAGUUCAGUUUCUAAAUUAAGUCAUUUUUAUAACAGUCAUGAGUUACUGAGUGUGCAAAGGUGAGUGGUAUUUGACUAUAACUUAACUUAAAUAUUUCUGUAGUUUCUUAUUUUGGAUUAUUUGACCUACAAUAGACUUUUUGGUGUUAUUUGGGUCUAAUUAUUAUUUUUUAUUUGGAAUUAAUGGAACAUCCCAACAUGUUUACAAAAUCCAAAAUCUUGAUAUUUGUUUCGGUUUAUAUUUAUUCUUGAAUAACUAUAUGAGUUUUACAGCAGUAUAACACAGUCAUUGUAUUGCUACGACUACAAUAUCAAAUUCAAUAUUUAUUUUUGUCGCAACUAACUUGUAUACAAAAUGUGCAAUUACCAUUUACUAUUUCUUAAUUUUUUUAAUGAGUUUUCCCACAUCUACAAAUAAAAGAAGGAAAUAAAAAUAUUCAGCUGCUCUUGCCUUCCAUAUUGAACAAAUUGAAUAUAACAUGGAUUUAUGUAAAGUGAUGCUAGCUAAUUUCAGUGCAGAUAAAUACAUAUUUUAGAACUUUUAAGUGAAUAUUUCUAUGUAUAUUUUGCCAGUUUUUACUGCAAAGGACAUGCUUAUUUAUACAUUCUUUAGUGCAUGAACUUACAAGCCCUACUUAUAAUCAAUGAGAUUACUUUAACUAAUCAAACUGUUAGAAUUUAAAUCAUAUUUUCCCUAAAAAAAGUUCAUUUAAAAUUGAGUAAGUUGUCAGUGAACAAUUUUAUCAUAAUAAUUGAAUAUUCAAUUAUUAUUAUAUUUCCUAUUAUUUACAUAUUUCUAUGUUAAUUGUGAAUAUUGUAAUUCAGUUUAUAUUAAAUCUGAAUUAAUAUAUAAAAAUAAAAUUUCAUGAGAUAUAUUUAUUUUGUUUAAAUAUUUUUUGAUUUUCAUCUUCUACUAUUUUUCAUUUAAACCAGCUAAUUUUAAUAAUUUUAUACUUCCAUAACAUUAAUAUUAAAUUUAAUUUUUAGGUACUUUUUGAAAUCGUUACUGGACAAAGAGCAUAUGACAGUUUAAGAAAUCAUAAAUUUUUAGUAAGUAUAUUACCAUUUCUUAGGUACCUACUUGAAUUUCCAAUAAAAUUAUUACUUUUUUAUAUGAGGCGUAGCGAAUAAAUAACAAGAAUUUUAUUCUUCAAGGUUGAGACAUUGGCUAAUAUGUCUAUAUAAUCAUUAAUCAUUUUUUUUUAUGUAUUUUCCCAAUUCCAAAAUGUAUCGCUCUAAACAGUCUAAACAAUUGAUUUUAGAAUAUACAGAUAUUCUAUGACAUACGGAUAUUUUGCAACUAAAAUUAUAGUUAUGCGGGUUUCCCUUGAGAAGAUGGCAUAAUUAUAUUCAACAUGUUAUUUUUCUAUAAUUUAUUAUUUUAUUUUUAUUGACGUAUGUGUGUAUGUUAACUUUUUAUGAGUAUUAUUAUUUUUGUUAGUAUAGUUGUUUUGGGGAUUUUUAUUCUGAUGACCAGAUUAACAUAUUAAAAUUGCUGAAAAUAACUUAGAUAGAAUAACUUUGUUUAUCGGACCAUUAAACGGUUCAACGAGAUUAAUCCUAUAGAAGAUAGAUCAAGAAGUGGACGACCAUACUAAAUAAAGAAUUAAAACAGCAGUCAAAGCUGCCUAGCAUUGAAUCUGCAGAAAUCCACUCUACAAGCAAAAAAAAAUCAUAGUCUGAGAAAUGAAAAUUCCACUAAGAACCCUUCCACACAUAAUUAAAAAACACCUUAGUGUUAAUCUUAGUGUGACCUUAGCCUUUGUGUUAAUCGAAGAAGCACCGGUUUGAGGUUAACAGAAAAUGUAUGUCAAAUUAGAGCGACAAAAGUAAAAUAGUUCUCUGGAAGCUGUUGAAAACAUUUAAUGAGUAGAAAGAGGCCAUUAUCCAGCUUCAGUGAUGGUUUCGUGGGGUUUGUUAUUUGAGGGCAUUAUUCUACUGCAUUUUUGCAACAAGGAGUCAAAACUUGUGCGAUCAACUACUUAAGCAAUAUUUUAGAAACUAUAGUGAUGCCUUUAGGUGAUAUCAUAUUUGUAAGAAAGCACUGUAUUUUUCAGCGAGAUUCAGUAUCUGCACAUAAAAUAAUAAAAAAAAAAAAAUGUUGGUUGGAGGAAUAUUUACCACUUCUUAGGAUUGACCCUCAGAAAGUCCAAAUCUUAGUACUACCGAUAUUGGAGUAUUUUAGAGAAUUUUGCUCUAAAUUCCAUCAAAAUAAUGUUUCAUUAAAAGUUGCUUUAAUUAAAGAUGUAGUCUCCACACUUUUAGAAUUGGUGCAUAUACUCUGAUAGAUGAGUGGCCAGAUCAUUUGAAGUGUGUAUAGGAAGAAAGGUGGACAUUUUAAAUAACAUUAAAAUUGUUUAGUUAUUAUGUUGAUAACAAAUAAAUAACAUCAAAUUUUUCUAUAUUUAUUUAUUUGUUUACUAUACAUACAUAUUAAAAUAAUGGAUAGAACUUAUGGUACGGCCAGAUAUCAUUUUUACAAACAAUAUGCUUUUGGGAAACAUUGUCUUUAAUAAUAUAAUAGUAAUUAGUCAAAAUAGUUAAAAGGUAACUUAAAGGAUAUUUUAUAGGUAUAAUAAAGUUGGUCGAGAUAAUAUUAAUAGUUAAUGACCUAGGAUUUUUAUGUAAAAAUAGUUUCACUGUAAUAAGUGAAAACUUUUUUUUGAAACCUUGACAUUGAGACAAAUAUGAGUAUUGUUCAACUAAAUUAUUGAACUCUAUAGGUAAUCGUAAUUCUGUAAUCAAGUUUUUACAGUAGACAUUUUGAAUGGAAGCCUGUUUCUGUAAUUAAAAAUAAAUAUUUAAUACUUGAUUUUAUUUAUUUGAAUCAUUUUUUAAAAUUUCAGAAAGACUAUGUUGAGAAUUAUGAAGGUCCAAUUUGUGAAAUAGCUGACAUAAAAGCUGGAUCAGAUGAUAAUAAUAUAUUUCACUGUCUUCUUUCUAUUGGUAGAACUUGUGUUAUUGAUAAACCUAAAAAUCGUCCAGAAAUGGAACAAGUGUUAAGACAAUUGGAUUGUGUUUUGUUACUAGAUAGACAUCAAUGUAAGUUAAAUACUAGGCACAUUAAUGAUAACAUAAAAAAAAGAAAAGAUUAAUAUUAAUAAUAUAAAAAAACAAAAGUUCUUAUUUUAGAUUAAUACUCAAUAAAUUAUCAAGUAGAAAUUAAAAAAAAAAUAUAAAUAUAUGAAUAGAUAUGUAUGCAAAAAUAAAUAAAUAGAAAAAUAACAAAAUAUAGUCUAUAGGGGCAUAUAUCUGGGUCACUGUUUUUAUCUAAUUUUUUUAAAUUUUACUUUUACCAUUCUGAUGUAUACUUAUUAUGAUAUACUAAGUGUACACCGAUUAUAGUAAAAUUAAUAGAGUUUUUGAUGUAAUGUAGAAUUAGAUGUAUUAAAAAAAAUAAUAUAUCAGUUUUUAGAAUACAAACACUUAAAAGAAUUUGUUUUAUACAAUAAUUAUCACUUAGUACUUAAUUUUAAGAAUAAUGAUUGCAAAAUUGUAUUUGUAGACUAAAAUGACUUAAGUAAGAAAAUACUAUUUUCACUUUCAAAUUAAAAUUUAAUAAAUUGAUUUUCCCUAUACUAUUCAUGUUUUCCUUAAAGUCCGUAUGAAAAAAUAUAGACAUAUUGUGCAUAAGUGGGCCAUAUUUCUGUUUUAUGUAAGAAUUUGAGAAGGUAAGAUAUAGGGGGGAAUUUAAUUUAUAUAUGUACAUAACAAUAAACCAUUGCUUACAAAAAAACGAAAGAGAACUUUAUACAUGUAAAUAAUUUGUAUAUCGUUUUUCUAUGUUUUUCUGUCUUUUCCCAAUUAUUAUAAAAACCAUUUAGAAAAUGAAAAAAUAACCUCAAUAAAGCACCUUUCAGAAAAAGUACUACACUUGAAAUUGGAGCAAGAUUUCUGGUAGAAAAGUUGUUUACAGAUAAAAAAAAAAAAGUUAUAAGCAUCAUUGUAGACCAAUGUACUCCUCGCUACGCUUCGAAUCUUUAAAUAUGUAUAAAAGUUGCCCCUCCCUAAAAUUAGGACUAAGGAUGCCCUUGGCCUGGAGUAUUAUAGAGGUUCUUUAAAAAAUCAUCAGGUAACACACAACUUUACUAUAGGCUUUAUUUUGUUUUUUUCUAAGUAUUUAUACAUACAUAUUUAUUUGUUCUGCAGUUAUAUAUAUAUAUACUAUAUAUAGAUGUAUAUUUUUUAAACUUAUUUAAUGAUUUGUUUUAUAUUUGAUAAAUAUUAUAACUUGAAGCUACAGUCAGGGACAGUUUAAUGCCUACAUUUCAACAAGAAUGCAACAAAGUACAAAUGAGAAAAAUGUCAACUCCAUCUGGAUCUUACCAUCCACAGCCAUGGUUAUUUAUAGUAUGAAAUUAUUUUAUAGUUUAAUAAUAUUUCCGUGCUAAUUAAUAACAUGAUUUAUUUGGAAUGGUAAUUUACUAAACAUAGUUUUUAUUAAAGUAGUACAAACAGAUUAUUAUUAUUCACAUCUUAAGUAUAUUUUUCAGUAACAGAUUAUAGAAAUAUAAGAAAAAGGAGUCUAACAGAUAGAAUGGUAAAAUUUGAGACAAUUUUAAUUUUGAAGGAAAAUUAGGAAUGAAAAGAAAAAUGGAAUCUCGAAAUUUAGAAUAAUUUUUAUAAACAGUGGCAACAACACUAUUAAGAAGUGCCCAUAUGAUUUGUUUGAGAAUCUUAAAAUAUUUUAGAGUUUAUGGAAUUUUCAGAUUUUGACAUUCUUUAUUUUAUCAUUCCAGUUUUUACCAUUAUAAAUUCUGUGGUUCCAGAUUUUGCCUUCAAAAUUAAAAUUAUUCCAGAUUUUACAGUUUCAUGUAAUACCAUUCCAGAUAAUGCUAUGCGCCUUUAAAGAAAAAUAUUUCUGAAUUGAUUUUGGGAAAACCAGAUGUAAAUAUUAACCAGUUAUUUUUUAAGGGUUGGUCCAGCAGACAUGUACUGACAAUUUAAUUUUACAUCAUUUUAUUUUUUAUUUACAUUAUAUAAUCUUGUAAAUGUAUUUUUAUAAAUUACAAAUAUUAAAUAAUAUUUGUAUUUUUUGAAUAUAGAGUCCAGAUCACAGCAAUCAACAGUUACCAGUACCUCACACUAUUCUUGAUCAAAACGAAAGAUUGAUGCCUCCAAUUGGAGAAAAUAAUACUACACAAUCAGAGAGUAAUCUAGCUUCAAAAAAAUUCUCGGAUCUUUCAUUAGUUAAUAAUGAAAUAUCACCCGACAGACUAUCUUUGAAUAAUUACAAUAGCAAUUUAGAUAGUAAAUCUAAUUUUAUGAAUCAUGAAGCUAAUAUCAAAACAAAACAUGUGAGUAAAAAGAAAACAUUUGGUACACCUAUAUAGUUAUAUUUGUAUAUUCUAUUAUUAUAUUUUAUUACUAUAAUUUGAAUAAUUUGAUUAUUUUCAGUACCUAUCAUUAGUAAAGAUGGUUAUUUAAAUACAAAUAGUUUACAUUAAUUAUUCAAUACCUCAGUAUAGUUUGUUUUCUUAAAUUUUUAACUAAAUAAACUUUUAACUCUAUUAUUGUUAGGUAUUGUAAAUUUUAUCAUAAUUUAUUGACAUUUAAUUUUCAAAUUUUUAUAGAGUGAUUCCAAGAAUUCUGUUUCUGAAAAAUUACCAUUAAUAUCAGCGCUCCAAAUAAAAACCAAUGAAAAUUAAAGAGAAAAUUAAAUAAAUAUACAAU